CGAAAACAGGAAAUAGUUUCCGAAUAGCUGGCAACAUUAAUUAAAAAAAAGUUCUACACGUCAUCUCGGUGUGUUGGCUGUCAGAUUCGCAGAUUGUAAUUAUUUUAUGAAAAUUGAGAAUAAAUACACUAAAUCAAAAUGGUGCUUAUAGCGGCUACAGUAUGUACGAAGUCAGGAAAAGCAUUGGUUUCCCGUCAAUUCGUAGAGAUGACGAAGGCACGUAUCGAAGGAUUGCUGGCUGCCUUCCCCAAGCUCAUGACUGGAGGUAGACAACACACCUUUGUGGAAACUGAGUCUGUCAGAUAUGUGUAUCAACCGCUGGACAAGCUGUAUAUGCUACUCAUCACAACUAAAGCCAGUAACAUCCUUGAGGAUUUGGAGACAUUGCGCUUGUUCAGCAGAGUGGUCCCAGAGUACUGCACCCAGCUGACAGAGGCUGAAGUACUGAACCAGGCGUUCAACUUGCUGUUUGCAUUCGACGAGAUUGUGGCUCUAGGCUACAGAGAGAGUGUCAACUUGGCACAGGUACGGUCAUUUGUGGAGAUGGACUCCCACGAAGAGAAGAUUUACCAAGCUGUGCGUCAGACACAAGAACGCGAGGCCGCUAACCGCAUGCGUGAGCGCGCCAAGGAGUUGCAGCGAGAGAGGCUGGAGGCCGCCAAAAGGGGCGUGCCCACACGCAGCCAGAUGUCCUUUGGAAGCAGUUUCGGCAGCUCCAAUAUGUCAUCGUCGGCGUCCACUGAACCUAUCGCUGAGAAAAUUCCCACUACGCCUGCGCGAGAAACAGCCCGGCCGGCGGGUCGCUCGGCCAUGAAGCUGGGGGCCCGCGGUACGGACACGGAGUCGUUCGUGUCGCGCCUGCGCAGUGAGGGCGACGCUGUCUCCGCCGUCGCCGCGCCCGCCAAACCUGACGCAGCUAAGCCACCCCCGCCCGACCAUAAGGAUGUACACUUACGGUUCGAAGAGCGCCUUACUCUAGUGGCAGGCAGAGACGGUGACGUACAGAACUUUGAACUCAGCGGUCUUCUUACACUGCGUAUCAGCAACGAGCAGUACUCGCGUAUCCACGUACACGUCGAUAAUCAAGAUCCAAGGCCGCUGCAACUACAGACUCACCCCAACGUGGAUAAAGAGGCAUUCCGUGCGAACGGUGUGAUUGGACUGAAGCAGUCACAGCGCGCCUUCCCCCUGCAUAGCGACGUUGGGGUACUCAAAUGGAGACUCAAUUCUAACGACGAUAAGCUAGCUCCGCUUUCCGUGAACUGCUGGCCGUCAGAGGGCGCUGGCGGUGGGUGCGACGUGAACAUUGAGUACGAACUGGAACACGACCAUCUCACGCUCAGCGAUGUACACAUACACAUCCCAUUACCCUCUGGCAACACAUCGGUGAUAGUCCACCAAUGGGAGGGUAGCUACACGCAGAAGGGACGCACCCUCAUUUGGAGCAUACCCAUCAUCAACAAACAUCAGAAAUCAGGCAGUCUUGAGUUCACGGUGACUCCAGCAGUACCCAACGACUUCUUCCCCCUCACGGUGACCUGGACAUCUGACACUUCUCUAGCCCUUCUUAAAGCAACGAAGGUCACAUACGCUGAAGACAACACACCGGUGGACUAUUCCCAGGAGAUCAGCUUCCACCCGGACAAGUAUGAAUUCGUUUAGAUACAACUUAGCUUAGUAUGCGCUUUAAUGACUAGAAUUACAGUGGUGACUCGGUUAUUGGUAGAAAUAAAACGCAGUGUUGCCAGUUAAAAAUUAAUUAUGGUAAUUG